GUAAUCACGAGAAAUGUUGAGACAAAUAGUGUUAAUGUGCGCCAUCCACACCGCUUGUUCCUUUAGUAUCCGGGACAUUAUCAACGGGAAACGGGGAGCUGAUGCUGCAAUUCCAGCCCCCUGUCCUACAUGGCAUCCGUUUGCAUGUCCAUCGGGUGAAUGCGUGCCAAUCAAGUACCUGUGCGACGGAUCACCUGACUGUUCAGACGAGUAUGACGAGAACAAGAGCAUGUGCACAGCAGCCACACGACCGCCCGUUGAGGAGACUCAGGCGUUUUUGAAGGCUCUCAUGUCCGCCCAUGGAAAAGAUUUUCUCGUCAAGGUAUUUGGUCCAAAAGCGAAAGCAGAACUGUCUGGAAUGGGUGGAGUUGACAAAGUUGCAGUUGCUCUUUCUCAAACUCCGACAGCAGACCUGUUUGCAUCUGAAAUGAAAUUGGACGAUGGAGAAACACAGCAUAUGUUGGAAGUUAUGGAGGGAAUUUUGAAUGGAUCAACUGAUGAACUUACAUCCAACGAGGCUGCUGAUUUCCGUUUCUUUGUUCAAAAACUUCAAGAAACUGGAUUCUUCUGAAUAAUAUCUUAAAUCAUAAAAUCAUUUGCAUUCACAUCUGCAUUGAACUGUUUCUUCUUACAUUUUCUUAAAAAUUCAAAACAACCUGAAACACAUCCUCGAAAGAUCUCAAAAAACAUCUGAAAAAACAUCGGAGCCGCCGACGAAUACGAGUGCGACCAUCUCUUUUCAUUCAAUUUUUAAAAAUUCUUGUCCUAAUUUUUUUGUUCAGUUCUUUUCUUUUUGUCUUCUCUCAAUCCUACGUUAGUUUCAAUUUCGCUCGUUGGUGUGCUUCUGAAUAAACCGUCUCCACAUGUU